AUGAGCUUCAGCAGCGAUGAAGAAACUUGGUCCCACGCGCGACUUGCAGAAGAAGGCGUGGCAUACCGCGUUGUAAAUGUACUUGGUAGUGGAUUUGUCAAUGACUGUGUUGAUAUCAAGAAACUCGCACUGCUUGUGCGUAAUGCUGACUAUGCACCUCGAGGGUUUAAUGCUUUGGUGAUGCGCUUUCAAUCACCUCGCGCGACAAUUUUAUUAUAUAGAAGUGGAAAGUCGUUGAAAGCUUCGUUUCCAAGCAAAUGCAAUCGCUUUAGUAUUCGCAAUGUUGUGGGUUCCGCGGAUGUUUGCUUUAAAGUACGAUUGGAAGGUCUGGCUCGCGAUCAUCUACGCUUUAGUACAUACGAGCCAGAGCUAUUUCCUGGUUUGAUCUAUAGAAUGCUGCAUCCUAAGUGCACAUUAUUAAUUUUUAUCUCUGGCAAAAUUGUUAUUACUGGAUGCGAGUCGCCAGCUGAAGGAGAGAAAGCUCUUUGUACUAUCUAUCCCGUAUUGCUUCAAUAUCGUCUUCGCGAUGACGGAUCUGAAGAUGAAGAAGACGAUAGUUUAAGCUUGAUUUCAAUAAUCGCUUUCAACUAA